UUUUUGUCAAGACCCUUACUGGCAAGACCAUCACUCUUGAAGUGGAAUCGUCCGACUCCAUCGACAAUGUCAAGCAAAAGAUUCAAGAUAAGGAAGGAAUUCCACCGGAUCAGCAACGUCUGAUCUUUGCUGGCAAGCAGUUGGAAGACGGACGAACGCUGUCAGAUUACAAUAUCCAAAAAGAAUCAACGCUUCAUUUGGUGCUCCGUUUGCGUGGUGGUAUGCAGAUUUUUGUCAAGACACUGACGGGCAAGACCAUCACACUGGAAGUGGAGUCAUCGGAUUCUAUCGAUAACGUCAAGCAAAAGAUUCAAGAUAAAGAAGGUAUCCCACCGGAUCAGCAACGAUUGAUCUUCGCAGGCAAGCAGCUGGAAGAUGGCCGUACGUUGUCGGAUUACAAUAUUCAAAAGGAGUCAACGCUGCAUUUGGUGCUGCGCUUGCGUGGCGGAGCUGUUGAGUCAUCCCUUGCAUCAUCGUCCUCCUCGUCUUCGUCAGCGACCGGUGACGUGUCAGGUUCAUCCAGUAGCGGUACCAAGAAGAAGCGGUGUGCAUUUGGAAGCUGUCACGAUAAGUCGGUGAAUAUUAUUGGGGAUUGUCGGUAUUGCCAAUCCAGGUUCUGUGCUCGUCAUCGACUGCCGGAGGCGCAUGCGUGUGUCAAUCUAACGAGUUGCAAACAAAUGGCCCACGAACGAAAUAGCAUGAAGCUGCUGAGCGAGCGGUGUGUCGCAAGCAAAGUAUGAUGUGUACAACAUUUUACUAUUUUAGACUUUAUUGAUCUCUUUAUCCCUCCCUUUCCACUUUUUUCUUUCCAUUCAUUAUUGAAAGAUAAAAUAUAUCUUGUAUUUUUGUAAUCUUGCUCUUAUUCUCGCUCUCCCCUUAAGCCCAUUAAAAAAAAAAAAGAAAACCCCUCUUUCAAUAUGUCUUUUUUUUUUCAUUAUUAUUCCUAUCCUUUCUCCUCGAUGAGCUUUUUUCCUUCUUAUUUGAACAUUCUGCAUAAAUCAUGGAUUAAAGACUUUUUAUUAUGGAAAAAAAA